ACGGCGAGGAUAAAGCAAGAUGGCGUGUGACGGUGAAGACGUUAUUGCAGUCGUCACAGUUCAGUGUUCUUAAUCUGUGCCUCCAUGUACACAUAUAUGUCAUUUAUUAGACUCUAGUAAAUAGAGUAAACAUCGUUGAUAAUUGUUUGUAUCCGGUUAUAUUAGUCUGAGCGCACUUUGAUGUUUCUCGAGCUAUCUUAGCUUGUUAGUUUAGCUUUUUAGCUGCUAACAAAGAGAGGCGGAAGUGAUCAAAACACAUCGCUAAGCAGAGAUCAAGUGUGAGUGUAAAGUGUUGUGAUUGUGUGAAAAUGUGCGAAAGAACGAUAGCAGAGUACGAGGAGGAACUUUGUCCAACAAAAGAGGAGAAGGAGCGACAACAUUCAAAACAUCAAGUUGUGUUACACAGAACAGACAUCCAUCAGCUGAUUGAACACCAAAAAGAAUGUCUCCCUCAUCUGCAGGGGGACAGUUUCAAUCUAGAGGAUACACAGCCCUCACACUUUAAGGUGGACGAGGUGGAUCCACGGCCCCCUUGUUUUAAAGAGGAAGAGGAGGGAGAGUGUCCUGUAGGGCAGGAGGAGGCUGAUUUCAGCAAGUUUCCACUGACUGUUGUCUCUGUGAAGACUGAAGAGCAUGAAGACAAACCACCUGAGCCCUCACAGCUUCAUCACAGUCCAAACGUAUGUGAAGAAAAUCUUCACCCUGAGGAACAGAAGUGGAGCUUCAGGAUGCGAACGGAGGAGCCACAGCCUUCCCUCAUUAAGAAGGAAGAAGAAUACCACCUGAUCCCCCAUUUUAAAAAGGAAGAGGAGGACCCACUGACACCCCAUUUUAAAGAGGAAGAGGAAGACCCUCUGACACCCCAUUUUAAAGAGGAAGUGGUGGAUCCACUGACCCCUCACAUUAAGGAGGAAGAGGAGGAACACCGCAUCAGUCGGCAGGGAGAGCAUCUAGAAGGACUGGAGGAAGUUGAUGUCAUCAAGAUGCCAGUGACUGGUGUCCCUGUGAAGAGUGAAGAUGAUGAGGUAAAAGGUGAAAGUGAGGAGAAGAGAGAGGCAGAGCCUCCAAUCAGCAGCUCAACACAACACAUGACAACAGAAGCUGAUGGAGACCACUGUGGAGGAUCACAAGCAGACAAGCUCUUAGCUCCACUAUCAGAUAGUGAGGACACAACGUCACACUCUCCUGACACUGAUGAUGAAGACUCUAAAGAUGAUAAGACAUGUCACACUGACAACACUCACUUCACAUGUUCUCUCUGUGACAAAACUUUUAAAUCUCCUAGUAAAUUGAAAAGACACAUGAGAACACACACUGGAGAAAAACCUUUUUUAUGUUCAAUCUGCGGUAAAGGUUUUACUCAUAGGCACGACUUGAAAAUACAUAUGAGAAUACACACUGGAGAAAAACCAUUUUCCUGCUCAGAAUGCGGUAAAAGUUUUGUAAGAAAUCAAAGUUUAAAAGCACACAUGAGAACGCACACUGGAGAAAAACCUUUUUCAUGUUCAAUCUGUGGUAAAGAUUUUAUCCAUAGGCAACAUUUCAAAACACACAUGAGAACACACACUGGAGAAAAACCUUUUUCUUGCUCGGAAUGUGGUAAAAGUUUUGUAAGAAAUCAACGUUUAAAUGUACACAUGCGAACACACACUGGAGAAAAACCUUUUUCAUGUUCAAUCUGCGGUAAAGAUUUUACUCAGAUGCACCAUUUGAAAGUACACAUGAGAACGCACAUUGGAGAAAAACCUAUUUCAGGUUCAAUCCGCGGUAAAGAUUUGACUCAUCGGCCACAUUUGAAAGUACAGACAAGAACACACACUGGAGAACAACCUUUUUCAUGUUCAAUCUGCGGUAAAUAUUUUGCUCGAAGGCACUAUUUGAAAAAACAUAUGAGCACACACACUGGUGAAAAACCUUAUACAUGUUCAGUAUGUUGUAAAAGUUUUAUACAAAGUAUCCAUUUGAAAAGACACUUGAGAAUACACACUGGAGAAAAACCUUUUUCAUGUUCAAUCUGCAGUAAGGAUUUUACUCAAAAGCACCAUUUGAAAGUACACAUGAGAACACACACUGGAGAAAAACCUUAAACUUAUUCAGUAUGUUUGUAAAAGUGUUAUACAAUGUCCACAUUUGAAAAUACACAUGAGAACACACACAGGAGAGAAAGUGUUGAGUUGCAGUGUGUGUGGUGAAAGAUUCUCUUCUAAGUACCAGUGUAAGAAACACAAGUGUGCUGGUGAGAACAGCAGCAGCAAAUGAAACUGCAGGAUUUGAAAUAAACUUUCAAGACUUUAACCUUGACAUUCUAACAUCAGCACAUAUAACAUGUGUGACAUCAUUAUUGUGUGUGUAUGAUUCUAAAAUGUAUAGAUUAGACACUUCAGAUUAGUGCUUUUAUUUCAGUCAAGUACAUGAGUUAAUAUACACAUUUGUGUACUUUAAAAUGAACGGAACAAUUUGACUGAAAGGGUGAGAAUAAACUGUACAUCAAAUAUGUUACAUUCAAUAAACAAUGUGUAUAUAUUCAUAUUUCACUUUUAUACUUACUCAUAAUAGUGUUUUAAAUAUGUUUUUGAAAUAAUUACGUGUUACAUAUUUUAUUUUCUAAUAGUAGAUGAUUCCAUAGAUUAACUCCUUUAUAUGAUGUACAUAUUUGUUUUACAUGAGUUCAUGCAUUUGCUUUUGAGUACACAUAAAUCCCUCUUGGUUCAUAUUUAAUGGUUCACAUUUGAAACAUCUUCUGGACCACUUCUGGAAGCUUAUUAUUAUUUACUUUAUACAUCAUUUGAGCAGGUGUCUUUUAUACAAGAUGAUUUACUUUUAAAACAUGUGACUAUGAAUAAUUUGUUGGUUGUCGAUAAUCAUUUCUAUUAAUAAUCUUUCCUACUUUCUUGUGUAAUAUGAAUAUUGUGUGAAUAUUUAAAUUUUUGUCCCCAGACCUU